UUGAACACCACCGGCGGCUCCCCCUUCAGCUCCUCCUCUUCUGUUGCCGCCCCCACCUUCGACAACCUCCUCCUUCAAUACCUCAUAUCGCGCCUCCACUUCCGGCCGCCCAACCAGCACCCCCUGCCGCCCUUCGCCGCCGCGAACUCGCUCGAGGACCUCCUCGUGUCCGACCUGCUCCUCAACCUCACUGAUUCCGACUCCGAUUCUGAAAACAACCUUUCCUCCUCCAAAACUCAGCUCGCCAGGGAGGAGUCCAAGCUCGAGAAGGAGAUCGUCCGCACGAUCCUCUCCGGCGAGGUCGAGAAGUCGAAGCCUAAUUCCGGCCUCAGGAAGAGGUCGGGUUGGGUUACCGGAGUUGGGAGUGGCGCCGGCACAUCAUGCUGUUCGAUGAGGAGGAUGGGUACACACGGGGAUUUUGGUUAUUUUCAUGACCCGUUGACUAUCGUGGCUGAGAUAUUCGAGUUGACCUCUUCUUUGAGAGUUGUUGAGAUUAUGAGGAAAGCAGGGGAUAUGUCGGAGUACGUGGAUUUUUGCAAUGGGGAAUUGAGGUCCGGAUUGUUGAGAUUUUUGUUUGUUUUCUAUUUGCAGGUUUUGGUUGUUGCAGGUCUUUGUUCUUUUCUUCAUUAA